UCCUCUUCUCAAACACUCCAAAUAAUAAUGAACUCUCUUCCUGAAACAACGUCUGAAACAAUUCCAGAUGCCUGGGAUUUCAAGGGUCGUCCAGCUCUCAGAUCCCAAUCUGGUGGUUGGACUUCAGCCGCCAUGAUUCUAGGUGGAGAAGCUAUGGAGAGAAUGAUGACUCUGGGGAUCGUUGUGAAUUUGGUGACUUAUCUGACAGGAACGAUGCAUCUGGGAAACGCUUCAUCUGCCAACAUAGUCACCAACUUCUUAGGAACCUCGUUCAUGCUGUGUCUGCUCGGAGGUUUUGUGGCCGACACAUUUCUGGGCAGAUACCUCACUAUUGCCAUUUUCGCAGCCGUCCAAGCAACUGGUGUUACAAUCUUGGCGAUAUCAACAGUAAUCCGAAGUCUACAUCCUCCAAAAUGCAAUCCAAAUACCGACUCCUCAUCAUGUGUCCCAGCCAACGGCAUGCAACUAAUGGUUCUCUAUUUAGCUCUCUACAUCACUGCUCUUGGAACCGGCGGCCUGAAGUCCAGCGUCUCCGGGUUCGGGUCGGAUCAGUUUGAUGACUCAGACAAGUCGGAGAGGAAGCAGAUGAUAAAGUUCUUCAACUGGUUCUUCUUCUCCAUAAACAUAGGAUCCCUAGCGGCAGUAACAGUUCUUGUGUACAUUCAAGAUCACGUGGGAAGAGAAUGGGGAUAUGGGAUUUGUGCUUUUGCCAUUGUGAUUGCUCUUAUUGUGUUCUUGUCGGGUACUAGAAGGUACCGGUUCAAGAAACUGGUGGGUAGUCCGUUGACCCAGAUCGCGGCGGUGUUCGUUGCUGCUUGGAGGAAGAGACACUUGGAGUUGCCGUCGGAUUCGUCGUUGCUGUUUAACGUCGAUGAUAUUGCAGAUGGACAGAAGAAGCCCAUGUUGCCUCAUAGCAAGCAGUUCCGGUUCUUGGACAAGGCAGCAAUAAAGAACCCAGAAAUGCCAGAAGAAACAACGAGAGAGAGAAGGUGGUAUCUUGCAACCCUAACUGAUGUUGAAGAAGUGAAACAGGUGAUAAGAAUGUUACCCAUAUGGGCCACCACCAUCAUGUUUUGGACAGACCACGCCCAAAUGAUCACAUUCUCGGUGUCGCAAGCAACCACCAUGGACGGCCACAUCGGAAAAUCUUUCAUUAUCCCGCCGGCAUCGCUCACUGUCUUCUUGGUAGGAAGCAUUCUGCUCGUAGUCCCAAUCUACGACAGAAUCAUCGUCCCCAUCACAAGAAAAUUUCUUAACAACCCUCACGGAAUGACCCCGUUGCAACGCAUAGCUGUUGGUCUGUCCUUUUCAAUUCUGGCCAUGAUUGCAGCAGCAGUGACCGAGAUCAAGCGGCUCCGAUCAGCCGAAUCACGCGGGUUGACAGACGAUCCAAAUGCCCAGAUUCCGAUGAGUGUGUUGAGGUUGGUCCCACAGUUCUUGCUUGUGGGGGCAGGGGAGGCAUUUACGUACAUAGGACAGUUAGAUUUCUUCCUAAGAGAAUGUCCCAAAGGAAUGAAGACGAUGAGCACAGGGCUGUUCUUAAGCACACUGUCAUUAGGGUUUUUCUUCAGCUCAGUGUUGGUGACGAUAGUUCAUAAGGUGACAGGUCACUCGAGCCCAUGGCUAGCAAAUAACCUAAACCAAGGGAGGCUUUAUAACUUCUAUUGGCUUCUGGCUAUUUUGAGUGCUUUGAAUCUGGUCGCAUUCUUGUUUUGUGCCAAAGGGUAUGUGUACAAGGAAAAGAGGCUCGCCGAGGAAGGCAUAGACUUAUUGCAGGAGGAGGAACCUGAUGCUGCUUGCCAUGCAUAGCAAGUUUCCGCUCUAGCCCUUGAUUUGGAUGUGGAAAAAAUUAAAUAAAGCGAAUAAAACUUUGGGAAAGAAAAGAUAAUACUAUUUUUAAGAGUUUUCUUAUUGUAACUAGUAUUCUCUCCUCUCAUUUUUUUUUUUUCUCUAUCCAAAUCAAGCCCAAGUCUCAAUGUCCUGGUCUCUCCACGUAAAACUUGAAGACUACUUGUGAGACAACUCGUACGUGAUCUGAUGUAGAAUAGUCAAAAUUAUAUCAUUUUGUGGCAUUUUUACUUGUGUUGUUGUGCAUGUGUGUAUUUUCGUAUGGUCUAGUGCCUAGUGAGUGUAGAAGGAAAUAACGAAGUAUUUGAGCACCACAAAGAUGUAGGAUUUGGCGUGAUGCGAAGUAUCAGGUUUAAGUUUGUAAAACGACAUCAUUUUGUAUCACGAGGCUUGGGUAUUCUCUGUUGAGUUCUGGAACUCGAAAUGCAAGGUUGUAUUGCAAUUA